AUGGACGUCGCUAAUUUGAUUAUCAACACAUUGCAACUGAAUUUAACACCCGAAGAAUUAUUACAAAAAGCUCGUAUCGAGGAAGAAAAAUCACUAAAAAAUUUAAAACUUAUGUAUGGAGUCGAAGAUCUUUUGGAGCAUUUCCAUCUGCACAAUAUACCUAUGGCGGUGACAACGAGUAGUUCGGAGGAGAGUUUCCACAUGAAAACAGAUCAUCUGAAAGACAUAUUCUCUGUAUUUCAUCAUGUGGUGACCGGUUCUUCCGACCCGGAAGUAAUAAAUGGCAAACCAGCACCAGACAUCUUCAAAAUAUGUGCUGGUAGGUUUCCUGGGAACCCCGUGUACAGCAAGUUCUUGGUGUUCGAUGAAUCGCCGAGUGGAGUAACUGCGGCUUUAGCGGCCGGAAUGCAAGUGGUCAUGAUACCCGAUCCCAUUUUGUCAAUCUGGCAUAACAUGUCGACCGCCAACGCUACGUAUGUGUUAAACUCCAUGGAAGAUUUUCGUCCUGAAAUGUUUUCACUACCUCCAUAUUUUACUGGUUCAUAA